AUGAAAUUAAACAAAUAUGAAGAGGCACAAACCAUUGACAGGUUCCUCUUUUUCUCCCCACAGAUCUUGUACAUCAGGGUGUCCUGGCCUGACAGAGCUGUCCCUCAGUCCCCAAGGCCCCGACCUGCCCCCAAGUCCUCUGGCUCUCUCCCCCAUGAGCUCUCAGACCUGACCCAUCUUCUGUGCGGCUGGCCUCUGAUCCCAGGAGAAGAGGGGGAACUUUUAGCCUCCACCAGUCCUCAGACCUCCACCUACUGCCUGAGGGGUCCUGCCCAGGCCAGCUACACCCUGGGAGACUCCCUAGAGGCCAUCCUUGUGGCCAGAGACCAUCGGGGCAGGCCCAAGACCCAUGGUGGAGAUCUGUUUCGGGCAUGGCUGCUGGGUCCCGACUUGAAGGCAGGGGUCCCUGGGGAUGUCCAGGAUCUGGAGAAUGGCACAUACCUGCUGUCCUUCCCCCUUCUCUGGACUGGGCAGGCCCAGGUGCAAGUGUGGCUGAUUCACUCCAGCGAGGCCAUUGGGGUUCUGCGAAGAAUCUGGAGAGACCAAUGGGCCACAGUCGAUUUCAUGGGCUAUUUUCGGGGACCCACAGGAUAUGAAGAAAUUGUGACUUGCAAUAUUAAUCCCCUGUUAACUGGGAAGGAAGAGUCUACCUGUCACUACAGGGAUGAAGAUUCGGGGGAACUGUGGUUCUGCGCUCGACCUCCCACUCUGCCCUGUGACUCACUCGUGGGACAUUCAAGUGGACCGUACUGGGAUGUGACCACAUCACAUGAGAAGGCCCUGCUGGUGUGGAACAUGACAGAUAAGGUCCUCCCUCAGGGUAUUUCUGCAAUCUGGGUGGCAGAGGAGAGCAACAGGAGUCUGGGAAAUGCUGCCCCCAAACAGCUCUGCCAUCCUGGGAUCCCAGGCCCAAAGCCUUCUGGCUUCUACUACCAAGGAGUGUGGCACUCACUGUCCUGCUCCGGCUGCACCUUCUCCACGGUUGACAACAUCUUGGACUGCCUGGCUGGUCAUGUCAUCCACAUGAUGGGGGACUCCACACUUUGGCAGUGGUGGGAGUAUCUGCAUGACACUGUGCCCUCCCUGAAGCCCAUGGAUCUACAUGCCACCUAUCAGACAGGGCCCCUGAUGGCGGUGGAGACCACUCAGAACAUAGUGCUGCACUGGUGGUCCCACAGCUGGCCCCUGCGCUCCCUGCGCACUACAGUGGCCUCCCUGCACUCCGUAGUCCGGGAGCUGGGGGGCCUGGCCAGGAGCCCCCACACCGUGGUGGUGCUGGGGCUGGGUGCCCACUUCACCACCUUCCUGCCAUCCAUCUUUGUGUGAGGACUGGCAGGGAUCCGGGCAGCCGUGGCUGCACUGCUGGCCUGGGAGCCCCUGACUCUUGUGGUCAUCAAACUGGCCAACACCGGCUACAAGUCCGUGUAUGGCAGGGACUGGUUCACCCUUCAGAUGAACUGGCUCCUCCAAGCUGCCUUUGUUGACCUCUGUGUGGCCUUUGUGGACGCCUGGGAAAUGAUCUCCAGCCUGGCCCUGCCAGACAGUAUCCACCCAGGGUGGCUCAUUGUCCGCAAUGAGGUGGACUUCCUCCUCUCCUUCAUCUGCCCCACCUGA